AUGGAAGUAGACGAAAUAGAAAAUGGGGAUCAUCCCAGUUUUAAGAAAUAUGAUAUUCAUGAAGGGAUUAUUUUUUGUAUCGAAUUGUCUAAAUCCAUGUUCGAAGAAGUUCCAGAGUUGAACUAUAAGGUACAAUUACUAGAGAUCUUGGAAUCAUUGCAUGAGUUAAUGUCUCAAUUAGUUAUUAUUAGACCGAGUACCGGGAUUGGAUGUUACUUCCACUAUUGUGAUCGAAAGAAUGGAGAUUCUAAGAAUGGCAUUUAUGAAUUCUUUCCACUAAGAGAUGUAAAUGCGAGAGAUAUGAAGAAAGUGAGUGAUCUAAUUGAAGAUCUUACUUUGAAAAGGAUUACUUUAUUGGAAUACUUUAAUUUUGAUCCCACAUUGGAUAACGACAGUCAAAAAAGGGUACCGUUGGAGACGUUAUUUAACUUCCUGUUGGAUCAAUUUACUAAGCUAACUGCCGAUUCCAAUAAAUAUCAUAGUAAGAAAAUCUUUCUAUUUACAGAUAAUGACUCUCCACAUGAAGUAAACGAUAAAGAUGCCACUUUGAGGAUAAGAAGAAUUGUGGAUGACAUGAAUGAUAAUUAUAUCAAUUUUGUGACUUUUUUUAUUGGGAGAGAAGGGAAGCCUUUUAAAAAUUCAUUCUAUUCUAAUAUUUUGAAAUUAGGAUCAAAAGUAAAUAAGGAAAAUUUGGCUCAAAGUGACGGUACUGGAGAUGAAGAAUACUCUGAAUAUGAUGGCCCAAAUACAACUCCGAUUCCUGCAAGUUAUAUUAAAUCAAAGAUACUUCGGAAAAAGGAAAUUAAGAGGACUAUGUUCCAAUGCCCAUUAAUCCUGAAAGAAGAAAAUAAUUUCAUUGUAUCUGUGAGAGGAUAUGCUAUUGUUACGCAGGAGAAACCUGCAACGCGGUACAAAUUAGUAUAUGAACAUGAAAAUAUAAGAAAGGAGGCGUCCUCUAGAAGAAAGUUUUUAAAUCCUAAUACAGGGGAAGAAAUUAAGCCUGAUGAGCUUUGUAAAGUAUUUCCUUAUGGUGAUCAAGAUAUUGAACUAAAUGACAAGGAAGUUGCGAAGAUAAAUGACGAUUAUUCUAAACAUGAGUCGUUUUUGAAGGUUAUUGGUUUUAGAUCUACCAAAAACAGUAUUCGUUAUUUUAAUAACAUCGAUAAGGCAUUAUUUGUUGUACCCGAUGAAUCUCAAUACGAGGGAACUAUCAAAACAAUGGCAUCUUUGUUCAGGGUACUAAAGAAGAGGGACAAAUGCAUGAUUGUGUGGGGUAAAGUAAAGUCAAAUUCAAACCUAAGAUUGUAUAUUUUAAGCCCUACAACUAAUAUUGAUAGGAAUGAGGGCUUUUAUUUAUACCGGAUACCAUUUUUAGAUGAAAUAAGAAAAUUUCCAAAGUUACUAGACUAUAAUCACAUAACCACUUCUGAAGAUUAUUUGAAUCUUGUUAGAAUAACAGAGAACAUUAUUGGUUAUUUCAAUUUAAAAAAAGGUUAUAGACCUUCAGAUUUCAAGAACCCAAGUCUACAGAGACAUUACAAAACGUUACAUGAUUAUUUACUACAGGUUGAGCAACCUGUUCGUGAGGAUGGCGAUUCUGAUGGGCAAACGAGCCGUUUCCUGAAGGAAGACGAUACGUUGAAUAAAAUUCUUCACAUUAGGGAGAAAAUUAUUGCCUCUAAAGAAUCUGAUGAUGUUACUCAACAGAGAUUAAGUAAAUACGUGAGUCUCUGGAAUACAUUCUAUAUCAAGAUGGAGAAAGAAAGUGGCAUCGAUAUAGAUACCUCGCAUAAGCUAAAGAAGGGUAAAUUUGAGUUAAAUCUAUAA